UUGUCGUAAGGUAAGCGGUUGCCUUGUACGUCGCUGAAUGUCUGCGAGUACCCCACCUUGUGAUUCGGCUUAAGCUUUGACGAGAUACCUCUAUUGGUAUUGGGGUCUCCGACUCGAUCGUGGCAGGUUGGAUUUACCCCGUUUUGUCACCGAGAAUAUAGCCUUGCUUAAUAUUCGUUUAACAGUGGAACGGUCAACCGUACAUAUUAGCUCGUACGUAUUUUCAGUGAAACUUCGAAAAGGAAUUGUCUCGGUUUAGGUUGGCUGGGUUACCAUUCAUUUUCUACACAUAGCGUCUGAUUGCUGACAUUUCUUACAUUAGACACGCGACACCAAGGUAUGGCGUUUUUGAGAUCGGUGCCGCGUUGCAGUGCCGGUAAAAAGCUAAGGAAGUGUGUACCACUUCCUGUCGGGUUUCUAGAGAACGUAACGAAGCCAUCGGUGCAGUUGGUGCAGGUGCACGAACGCGAAUACACCGGCACUACUGCUAACGCUAACGUGAAGCCGAUUACUCGUCAGAUUGAUCCUUUGGAUUUAAACUUUAACGAUCCGAUAGCAGCCUUUAAAAGUAAAACCACUAAAGAACUGAUACGUGCUUAUAUUGUUUAUCAACUAUGUUCAAUCGAGUAUAUCGUCGAGAACAAUAUGAAGAUAAUGAAAAUCACCAAGAAGCUGCUUGGCGAGAAACUUUUUACAAAGUUUAUGAAGGCUACAUUCUACGGUCACUUUGUCGCCGGCGAAGACGAGGCGCAGAUCACUCCUGUCCUGGAUAGAUUACGACAGUUCGGUGUAAAACCUAUCCUUGAUUAUUCCGUUGAAGAAGAUAUCUCCCAGGAAGAGGCGGAACGACGCGAAAUACAAGGUUCCGUAUCAGAAGCUGGAGAUGAGAGGAGAGAAGGACCGAUGAAGAAGUACCAUGUUGCAAGACCGUUCGCUGAUCGUCGAUACAAAGUAUCUUCAGCGAGAACGUACUUCUACCUAAACGAAGCUAAUUGUGAACGUAACAUGGACAUUUUUAUUAAAUGCCUAGAAUCUGUAGCCGCGGCUUCAAUGGGAGUUGGUAUUACAGCCAUUAAAUUAACAGCUCUUGGCCGUCCACAACUUCUGCUCCAAUUAUCAGAAGUAAUUAUGCGAGCAAGACAAUACAUGUCGGAUGUAGUUGGGGGUGAGGGUGCCGUUUUAACCCAUCAUGCGAAACCGGAUGAUUUUAUGAAGAAAUUUGAAGAAGCACACAUCAAAGAUGAGGUGACAGUUCAAAAAUUCCUUCAAAAGAUUCAAUCGGAUAAGGAGGGUGUUAUCCAUUUAUUCCCUUGGAGUGGAAUUCUAGACGAGAAUUAUGAACUCAGCGAAACGUUCCAAGUACCCGAUAUUAAGACUGGUAAAAUGGUGAGGCUGAUGUCGCAGCUAACGUCAAAGGAAGAAGAAAUGUUCAGGAACAUGAUAAGACGUCUGAAUAACAUUGUUACGGUGGCUGAUAAGUUAAACGUACGUUUAAUGGUAGACGCCGAACAAACGUAUUUCCAACCUGCGAUAUCGCGAUUAACGUUGGAAAUGAUGCGCAAGUACAAUACACAUAAGGCUGUGGUGUUCAAUACUUACCAAACAUAUUUGCAAGAAGCAUAUAAUGAAGUGAAAACGGAUCUCGAACAAGCUGAACGUCAGAACUUUUAUUUCGGUGCUAAACUUGUUCGUGGAGCGUAUAUCGAUCAGGAGAGAGCAAGAGCGGCAGCUAUGGGUUAUCCUGAUCCGAUAAAUCCUACGUACGAUGCUACUACUGAAUCUUACCAUAAGACUCUGAUGGAAUGUUUAAGGCGGAUGAAACAGUACAAAGAUAAAGGAGAAGAUCCUAAAAAGAUAGGAAUUAUGGUUGCCUCUCAUAACGAGGACACAGUACGUUUUGCUAUCGAGAAAAUGAAGGAGAUUGGAAUCUCACCAGAGGACAAAGUGAUCUGUUUCGGCCAGUUAUUGGGAAUGUGUGAUUAUAUUACAUUUCCGCUAGGUCAGUCUGGAUACUCAGCGUAUAAAUAUAUUCCUUAUGGGCCAGUUCAAGAAGUAUUACCGUAUCUUUCUCGGCGUGCCCAAGAGAAUCGAGGUAUACUUAAAAAAAUCAGGAAGGAAAAAAAUCUUUUGUUAUCUGAGAUUGUGAGGCGCGCCGUGAAGGGGCAAUUAUUUUACAAACCUAAAGGAAAUUAUACUCCCGUUUGAGCAGUUGGUCGUUUCGUUUGCACAGACAGAUUUUAAGCAUCAAACUUAAGUAGUGAUUGUAAAUUAUUAAAAAGAAAAAAAGAUUUGUGGUACGCAGAGCAACGCGAGCGCGUGUGAAUGGAAGUAUAUGCAGUGUUAAUCAUUAUACAAAAUUGCCUUAGUGUGACAAUUAUCAAGUGCAAACUGCUCAAUAUCGCACCAUGUGGUAGAACUAUGUUCAUUGCUCGUUAUGCCCAUUGUCAGAAAGAAAAAAAAAGAAAAAAAAAGAAACAAACUCUUCAGUGAUAAAACGCUACGACUUUUUAUAAAGAAGAAGCACAUUUUACGCUUUGUUAAAUAAAUUAUCACGUGUUCAAUACACGCCGCAUUCGCUAAUUCUAUUGAACAUGUACAGUCAUUUUUUAAUAAUUUAUUUUAUAAAAAAGAGAAAAAAGGAUGAAGAUUCGUAUUGACUCUUAAUAAUAUUGUUCUUCUUUUUUAUAAAGAAUUUCUAUGAAAUAGUUCUCAAAGUAACAUCCGAAUGAUAUUCUAAACAAAAUAUACAUUUAAAACGUAUUCAUUUCUCUAUUUUAUACUAUUUUAUUUAAGAAUCUCGCAGUGAGUGUUUGAUCAUUUGUUGACAUACGUACUUUACUUUAAUUGUUCGAAAAAAAAAUAAUACAAAUUUCCAUACGAAAAUAUUGCAAUCCUGACGCCGGCGUAUUACUAUAUUUAAUUAAGCAAAUAUUCGUGUGGAAUAAAUAUUCAGUAAACUAGUUCCAUAUUCUAUGCGUAGUUACCAGGAAGGGAUAUUACCAAAGUGAUACUAUUUGGCAAAUUUACGAAUGGUAGUAGAAUCUGUUUAAUCGGGAGUGUUUGCACAUUAUUCAGAAAAAUGGCUCGUACAAUUUCUUGAUAAUUAACGCAAACAUUUUCAGAUGGUUUUAUUCAAUUUCUUCUCUGGACUGUAAUAAGAGCCAUUUUUUGUGUGCAAUUAUUACGCAUAUUAAAUAAGGGUUAAGUAAUCUUAGGCUGAAACAAUGAUGAACUAUGAAACUUGGAAUUGGAACAAAAAAUAUGCGUUAUAAUUACAAUGUUGUCAUACAUUUUUUUCAUACAUUUUGCUUUAGCCUAAUGUUGCUUUUUCUUCUCUCAACAAAUAGGAGAUAAUAAUCAUAAAUGUAUGGCGCUGUUUAGAGGAUGCGCCUUGGCUUAUAUGCAGUUCUUAAUCGUUUUUCUUUUUAAGAAAAUUAAGAAGAAAAAAAACCAUGAAGGAAACUUUAUAAUUUAUAAACAAUAAAUUUUUGUCGAGUUUCAAUUCAUUGUUUUACACAUCAAAUGACGAAUCCUGUGCUUUCGCUUGGCUGAAGUUUAUUUAUUUAACUGAAAGACAUAAGCAAUGUUAUGUAUAUUUUUUUGUUUUUUUUUUUUUUUACGUGGCAAAACGUAACAUUAAGAUGUUACUUUCGUCGCCAGCAAUGAAAAUAAUUCAACCUGUGGUGGAUAGUUUUCAAAGUAGUUCAAUAACGUUUUGGCAUUUGAUCAUCAGUAUUUUGCUAUGUUGUUUGGUUUUUAAUCAAAACAGAAUUUCCUUAUUUUUUUUAUUGAUUAUACUAUAACUAUACAAUCUUACGUCUGUUGUAAACAUCUUACUUCUAUAGAUUAUCACAAUUUGUAAUCAUCUCUUGUGUUGUUACAUGUUGUAAGUGCGUUCAAGAUGUGUAUGUAGUUUGUAUUUUCAGUUGUCAAGUAUAAGUAUUAUUUUUCUUAAAAGAAAAGAAAUGUGAUUUUUGUUAAGCAUCAUGCAAAUAUCGGAAUCAUGUUAUAUUUGCAACCUAGAAGGAAAUUUAAACGAUGAAUAAAGAGGCAUUGUUGAAGUUAUACACAUGCUAUAUUAGCUAAAUGUUUUUACGUGGAUAAUGGUAUGUUGAAUGCGAGUGAUUUAGGUAUAUAAAAUUCUGUUUGUUAUAAUUUAGCUGUUCGACUGUUUAAUGUCGAUACGUUAAUUAACUUCUACACGUCUCGUGAUGAUGACAAUAAUUUAGGUAGUUAAUGUUAUAACUUGUAUACUAUACGUUUAUAGACUUAUAUGCCAUGAUGGAUUACAUUUUUGUCAUCACCAGUGAGGUAGGGUUUAAAGUGACUAAAGAAAGUAAAAUAAAAAAAAAAUUAAAAAAAAUUAAAAAAAAUAAUAAUUAUCCUCGUGCAACGGUUGUACGAGUUAGUUACAUACAUGUAUGUACAUAAGAAAGAAAACGUUCGUUAUCCAGAACGUACAGUUUACUGCCAGAAUGAAACUUAUAUAGCAUAUACCUUUCUUUGGCUCGAUAAUUAUGAUAAAUAUUUGCCUAUGUGUGAAUAAUAUAUUUGUGAUGAAAGUAAUACAAUGGUGUUUACUAUGUCAUUUUUGACAUUUAGUGUUAAAAGAAAACAAAUACAAAAAAAAAAAAAAAAAAUGAAAGAAACCAGAAAGUUAAUAUGUGUAGGUACACUGAAAUGUAAUUGAAAAUGAGGAUAAAACAAGUAUGUACCUCUAAUAAUGUUCUGCUAUUCGUUUUCCUUUAGAGAGACUUUAUUAGGUACAAGUUGAAAUUGUCAAAAAGAAAAGUUAAUCGAAACCGAGGACAAUAUAAAAUAAGAUAAUAUUUAUUAUUUCAUGAAAUACAAUUAGUAUAUGCCUUUCCAAUAUUCAUACUCCGUUAUACUCUUUUUAUAAAUCCAUACUCAUAUACUAGGACAGAAACAUUUGCUUCCAUUUCUUUUUUUCUUCCCUUUCAUUUUAUGUAUAAUUUUGGUUCAACCAUUUAAACUUCUUAUCGAAAUCAGAAUGAGCACAUUUAUUGCUGAAGAUUCAAGAAUUCGUUGGAAGUAGUGUUUCUUGUCCUAGUUUUAGCAACGAUUAACAAUAUUUUCUCUUGCAUAUCUCUUUGAACUGUUUCUUUUAUAUAUAUAUAUAGAAUUUAAUAAUACAAUUUAUUUCAAGAUUGCAAAAUAUAUCCAGUGUACAUACAAAUA